AUGGAAAGGGAGAAGAUGGAGAGGGGCAAGUCUGAGCUGAGGAUGGCCAUCGACGACCUCUGCUUGCCCAGCUCAGGAGAUGGUGAAUAUCAGGAGCAGCAGGGGAAAGUUAGGAGGUCAUCCACCAUGGAUCUCCUCUGUGUCUCCAACCAGCUUCUACGUGUCCUUGAUGCGAUUGGGCCAACGCUUCUAGUCCUCAGGCAAGACAUUCAGCAAAAUGAUCAGAGAUUACAGGAUCUCCAUGCAAGAGACACCUCGAAAUACGCGGGCUUGAUGGAGAUCGUGAUGGAAGAAAUGGAGGAAGGGACCUCAAAGAAGACCAACAGUUGUACAAGGGCAAUUAUCUGGCUGGCUAGACCGGUGCCAUAUUUGAAUUGCUUGCCAUUUCCAAACCGUAACUCCGAUUCCGAUGUGAUUGGGCCGAUGCUACUAGUCCUCAGUCAAGACAUUGAGCAAAAUGUUCAGAGAUUACAAGUAUCUCCAUGCAACAGACUCUUUGGAAUACGCGAGCUUGACGGCGAUGGUGACGAAGGAAGUGGUGGAAGGGACCUCAAAGAAGACCAAUAG